CUCCUCUGGCCCCUUGUUCCUCUUGAUCCUUCCCAUCCUCCUUCUGUAGGACGCGUAAGCCUGUUUGGCUGAAGUUCAUUUUUCUGAUCACCGAAGUCCGCACAGGCAGCCUGCACGCCAUCCGCAUCGAUGGCUGCCGUCCGCGCCCUUAUUCUCCUGGCAUUGGCUUCAGCUGGCGCUGCCCUGCACGUCCAGGACGGCAUACAGCACAACCUGACCGUCUGCAACGCCUACGCGGAGAACAAACCCCUCAGCGUCUACACGGUCAACCAGAAGGCGAAGCUCACAGAAGAACCGUUGCAUUACAAGGCCUGCAAGGAGAUUGUUAUCGAGUUGGCGGACAGCGAGCGCAUAGUCUUCAAAUUGGGGGGCAUCAGCGUCGGCACGUUCCACGUCGGCAACCUCCCUUUCGCCCCAACGUCGUUGCUGCUGGUGCCGUACCGCAAGGGCAAUAGCACCAUGGCGGCGACUUUCUACUCCCACGCGUUUUCGGUCGCGCAGGAGAACGCGCAGCUCGCGGUGGUCGACGCGUACGAGGGCAGCUCGCCGGGCGCCAUGAAGAUCGCACAGGGCAGCAAGAGGCGCAGCGAGACCGUGCAGCUGAAGCCCGGCACGGCCGUGACCCUGACCCCAGGAUCGGCUUACCAGGUCAGCCUGGACGACUCGAGCAGCAAGGUCGCGAAGACGGUCGCCCUCACGGCCGCCGAGGGCGGCAAGCACGUCGUCAUUCGGGUGGGCGGCAGCGAUGGCAUCCCGCAGGAGAGCUCGUGGUCUUCUCUGGCGAGGCCUCCGAGCGCAGCGGCGCCCUCCGGGCCGGCGCCGCCCUCCUCGCGGCCGCGGCGGCGGGCGCCGCCCUGCUCGCGUGAGAGGCGGCCCGCCCCGGCGGCAGGCGGCGGUGCGCUGUGCGGCGUCGUGGGCUGCGCGGCAGGAAGCCUCUGCGGUGCAGCGCUCGGGGCCCCGAGGGGCGGGGCGGGGCCCCGAUCGAGCUGCAAGAUUCGGUCGGGCACGCCCCUCUAUAUUCAAAAGAAAGAGACGUACUCGACGGCCUGUUAGCGGCCGCUGUCGGUUUAGGACAACCGUUGCUGUUGGGCAUCGCACCCAUGUUGUCCAUACUCCUUUCGGGCGUCCAGGCCCGAGGGAUGGGGCCCUGAGCGAUGAGGACCAGGGGCAGUGCAUGCUCAAUGCGUGAUCCACUUCAUGUCCCGAGGGCCCCAGCACCCACGGUCCCCUCUUUGAACCGCCGAGGGGCGUUGCCGCUCCCGCUCACGAGGACGGCCACCGAGAUCACUCGGCGGGCGACGUCGCACACCAGUUUCGGACCGCCGAAUCAUAUUUUGAUGCGCUCGCGCGAUGGAACUAAUUUUGUUCUCGCUGGUCCCACCGUCGCGGGCCGCCUUUUGCACUGCUCAGUGUCGAACCCCUCGUGUCUAGACUCUUUUCGGGGGCGUCCUGCGCAUGCGUCGCGGGUCUCAGCCUGAGAGAGCCUCAGCACAUGCUGUCGUCCUUGCCUUGCCGUUUUGAACAGGUCCCAUGAAGGGCCGCAGCUGCAUCGGGAACACACGUGCGGCCGGUGAUCUUGGUAAUGUUGAUCGGGUGGAUCGGUGCUGGCCCCGUCCGCGGUGAUGACCUGGCACCGCGUGCACGACAUGGAGUAUGGCAAGUCGAGGCCGAUGCCGCACUGCGAAUCAUAGUAACGGUCGCCCCUCGCUGGAUGCAGCGGCCGCCGAGCGCGAGCCAGUCGGGAAUCUGGCUUGCAAGUGCGACGGACGUGUCGUCAAAGCAUGCGUUCGGCACGGAGAGUGCCCGGUAUCCUGGAAAACCUUCAGUCUUCUCUAAUGUGGCGGGAACUGGUGCUGGCGCAGGUGGCGCCCUUGCCCGCGGCCAGGCUUGCCGUCGCCGGCUUUUGCAAGCAUGGCGCCCGUUGGCGCAAGAGCACGCGCUUCGCUUCGUGAAACUGCCAACUGCCACCGUGUGCCCUCUGUCCGCGCUGCCGGGGUCGGCAGGGCCGCUGCUGUGUCUCAGGUCUCCCUCGCAUAUCACUAAAAGGCGGCGCACCUGACGGCGCUCGUUGGACCGUUACCGCCUCCCCCUACCCCGCGAGCAUCAAUCGAUUGGCAGGCCGCUGGCUCACAAGAAGCGCGGUUAACGUCGAGAGUGUCAGGCAUAAUCGUUUCAUCAGUCAGCUCUCGAUGCUGCAAGUCUGAUCGUGCGUGAUGCGGGA